CUUGUCUUCUCUCCGACUAUAGCUAUCCUUCUCCCGAAUUAAAAGUUGACCGUUUCUCGGUCUUGUCCCAAUUCCUUUUCCAAGAGUCGGGGUUGAAAGAGGCGCUAAUGGGAAGUUCUCAGAGCGCGGCCCUCCCCGGCGGCAGGACUGAAGGUUUCCACGUUCUUCGGGUGCAGGAGAACUCCCCAGGUUACUGGGCUGGCCUAGAACCAUUCUUUGACUUUAUCAUUUCAGCUGGUGAUACAAGGCUGGAUAAAGAUGACAACGCACUGAGGGAUCUGUUACUAGGGCAUGUGGAAAAAUCCCUCAAAAUGGCCAUUUACAACACCAAGACACAGGCUGUUCGUGAAGUCAGUGCAACACCUAGUAAUCUGUGGGGCGGGCAGGGCUUGCUUGGUGUCAGCAUUCGGUUCUGCAGUUUUGAAGGAGCAAAUGAAAACGUUUGGCAUGUUUUGGAAGUGGAGCUCAAUUCCCCUGCUGCACUGGCUGGCUUGAGACCAUACACAGACUACAUAAUUGGAGCUGAAGCAAUCCUCCGCGAGUCUGAAGACUUGUUCUCCUUGAUUGAAUCCCACAAUGGAAAACCGCUAAAGAUCUAUGUGUACAACACUGAGACAGACAAUUGUAGGGAGGUGAUUAUCACGCCUAACAGUGCAUGGGGUGGAGAGGGCAGUCUGGGCUGUGGCAUUGGCUAUGGAUACCUGCACAGGAUACCAAUCCACAAGCAUUUAUCGGAGAGGAAGUUAUCACCAGUUCUUCGCACUAGCCUGCCUUCGAAUCCUAUGGUUCCUCUUUCAGCUCCGAGCGCUCCUGUUAUGAGUAACAUACCCUCAGGCCUGCCAAAGGAACUGAGCGAUCUCAGGCUGGGAACAACAUCUCCUUCAAUCGCAGGCGCAUUCACACCAGGUUCUGCAGGUGUUUCAUUGUUCCCAGCCCCCUUGAGUGAACCUUUCACUGUGUCAUUAGCCAAUGCAGCCAUCACCAGUACUGUGCCAGGUCUGAUAACCGCACCACCUGCCUUUACCAAUCUCCCCAACUUUCCAAAUCUAAACGUGGCUUUCCCCAAUCUUGCUGUGGGGUCUCUGCCAGGAUUAGGGGGGAAUCCUGCGACCACAUCCACAGGUUCCCCCUUGUCACCCAGCAGCCCUGCCUCCCAUCAGAUCCUCUCGAACCUGCCUCCAGCUGAUCCUGCCAGCAGUACUGUGCUUCCAGCUUUCUCUGCAGUGCCAGCGUUUUCUCCCAGCCCCUCGACUACAUCACAGAGUAUUACAGCAUCUUUUCCCUCUCAGUGGAGCCAGGUCUCUGAUCCUGCACCUGCAGUAGCUCAGGAAUAGUCUCCUAGUGGCAGCUGAGACAGUAACGUUGUCUUCCAUGCUUGUUCGCUGAAGCUGGCAGAAGGGUAUGGUCCACUCAGCACUAAUAAACAACAGAGGGAUGCCUACCCAAAUACACUCCUGCCCAGAUUCUAACCGAGUAGCAACAGUCUGACUUUACUAAAAAGAAAUGCUUCCCAAUUUAGCAAUAUGUACAUAGCUGUCAGUCUAAAGAUGACUCUUUAGCAGCAUGACAAUCGUUUUAAGAAAAACCAUUCCAGAUAAGCUAACAGAACUCUAAGCAUAGAAUCCUUCGGUAGAAGCACACAGAGUGAAUCCUUCCUUUUCAUGUUUGCAAUACCUAUUGCACGCCCAACCUUUUCACUAUGGCGCAGCUUGAUCAUCUUGGCAUGUUACCCUGUCUUUUGUUCAAGGUAUUUUGAAAAAUAGUGUGCUAAUAUCAAUACGGGGACCACUCCAGCAUUAUUUGCUGAGAGCUGAUCUAAAUUUUGAGAUGUAGCAGCUUACAAAAGCACUUCUCUGAAGGAAAUCUCUCCAUUCAUUCCCACAGUUUCAUUGAGUUGAGUCACUUGAAUCCAGCGAGUAUAGUUUUUUGUUGUAGUAUGAAUGAUUUAUUCAAGUUGCUGACAUACAGGUCUCCUUUUUUAGUCUUCUCCAUAUAUUAGAACCUGUGGUCCAUAACCUUGAACUGUUGUUCUGAAGAUCUUUGAGCCAAUAGGUUGUGUUUCAUCACUGUUCAGCAGCGAUCAGCAAUGACUAAUGCAGAGUUCCAUGGAGCAUUCAGUGUCUGCAAGGAAAUGCCCUGUUGAAAUAUUGCAUGUAGCGUGCUUAUGAUGUGGUGUUAAACCAUUUGCUGUUGGUUUGUGACAACUAUGGUUUUAUUUUUGAUUCCGGUCCCGAAUACUGAGCCUGUUAAGUUGAAAACGCUGAGGUAAUUUGUGGAAAGGGAAGUUUGGGGUGAAAUUCCGAUGGUUGGUGAAGUGGUUUGUUUUCCCUCCUUAAAGGUUUUCAGUAAGAUGUCACCCCAAAUGCUAAUCACUAAUCUAGUCUCUUAGUUAAGACCUUGUAAGGUUUAUUAAUGAUAUUCCAACAGUUUUAUUUUAAAUAUGUUUUAAGUUCUAUUAUUUACAUCCUGUUGCUAAUUGGCGGCCAGAUAGUGUGCAAUUAAGGUUUAUUUUAAGUUCCAAGAACAUUCCUGCACAAUAGACAAGCAAGUCCAUAUUUGAUCGCUCUUUUUAACCUCUGGACUUCAACAAGUUUCUAAGUUGCUGUGAUACUGGAGGCUGGGAAUUCACGGAGUGCCCAAUCUGAUUCGGUAUGAAUAUUACUGCCGUUUUCUCUGUCACUGGUUCGGACUGAUCAUAGGGGUUCAGCGGUUACUUCCAAUCAAUUGGCAAGGUGGGUCACGUUCAAUGUAUUCCUUUUCGUGAACUUUCUAGUUUUUUUUAAGCUGGACUUGCUGAUUUAAAGAUUUGUUUGAAGAUAUUCGAGAGUGAGGGAGUCUAUUUUACCUGUCAUAAGUUGCCCAUCCAGAACGAUCCCAAAGCUGAUUCUUAGAGUGGAAUGAAAAUACUUGGCUGUUUUUAAAUUAUUGCCCUGUUCACAUUGAGAGAGAACUGUCAAGAGUGAGGCUGUUGUGUGCUUUCACCACCGCCACCACCACCAAAAACAUGACAUCAUUUCCGCACUCUUCCCUGCUGGUCUUCCAUAUUUACCUGUUAAAGAUGUAGAGCACUGUAGAGUGCUAAAUCACUUGCAAUGGUGCAUGGUCCAUUUGUGUGUAAGUAAACUAUCUGCUUGCUUUUCAGCAUGGGAUUGAUCUGAUUGGGCCUUUGGUGUAGAAUGGUUUUUGUUAUGAGAGUACUGAAGGUGCUUCUGAACUGGAAUGAUGCUCUUCGUGAGGCAUGUACCAUUUUUCUCAUUUAUGACCAACACUGGACCAAUGUAUUUUAAACUGAUUUAUUGUGUUAAAGGACUUCAUCCCCAUUUAUGAGAGUCAAAUUGGAUGAUAGUUGUUCCUAAAUAUUCGGGUGUCACGGAGCGUGAAUUACAUCUGACUCAGUUUCUGUAUACCCCAGUGGUGUGCUAUUGUGACUGACAAAUGACCCAGGUUAUUAUGGAUAUCACUCUCUCUCAUCUACGCUACUGACUGCAAUAAUUUAGUAAUAUAAUAUAUAGGUUUUAAAAGGCUAUUGUAUUUUUGGGAGCACUCAGAUUGUAGUUUGAUAGCAUGGAAAUUCAGUGAUUUUUUUAUAAGUCUUAAUGUUCCGUACUGUUUGUUUUAUAAGAAAGUUUAAUGUUUACUGUGAAAUUUCACUUUGCUGUAAACGUGCAGU